AUGUCAUUUUCUUUUCUAAUGUUUUUAAUUUAUUUAAUAUUUGCAGUUAAAGUUACUCUAGAUCCAGAUACAGCUCACAAUAACCUAUUGCUGAACGAGGAUGAAAAAAAGGUGACUGGCGGAUCCCCCCAAGUGAAGCAUGAGACUCCUGCUAGGUUUAAAGACUUACCCUGUGUCCUGGGAUGUGAGACCAUCACCUCAGGGAAACAUUACUUUGGAAUAUAUAGUAUAAGCGGACCUGAAUGGGAUGUCGGAGUUUGUCUGGAAAAUGUGCCAAGAGACAAUAACAGGAGACGGGAUCCUGAGUCUGGAUUCUGGGCCAUCAGACAUUGCAAAGAUUAUGGCUAUAUAGCUCUUACGUCUCCCCUAACUCCUCUUCCUCUGCAGAAUGUUAACUAUAUAGCGGUUUUUGUGCACUAUGAGGCCGGACUUGUCUCCUUUUAUGAUGUGGUAACUGGCUCCCACAUCUUCACUUUCCCAAAGGCCUCUUUCUGUGAGCCUCUCAGGCCUUAUUUUUGUAUUGGUGAAGAUUCUGAUCUCUACACGUAG